AUGGAGCCUCAUCCCCCUCAACCGCAGCAGCUCAGCUUCUCAACUCCCUCCUCUCGCAUAUGCAUCAUCAGCAUUCUCUUAGACCUCCCCGCCAAAUCCCUCCUCCGCUUCAAGUGCGUCUCCAAGGCAUGGCACCGCCUAAUUUCCCACCCCAAAUUCCAAGAGACGCACUACGCCCGCAGGGCUUCCGUUCCCCGCUUCUUCUUCCGGUUCUCCGACUUCGAUUACGACCAAUUCUCCGGCACAGUCCGCCAACGCUUCGCAAUCUUGAACUCCGCCGGCGUUCCCCUCGACGUCCUCCGCGUAAACGCAUUCGGCGGGCCGAUCAAGCUCGUCCUCCUGAGUUCCCGCGGGUUGCUCUGUUUCGCCACCGAAACCUGCGUCUACCUCUGCAAUCCGGCCACCCGUUCCCUCAUCCAGCUCCCGCCGCCCCACGGCGUCGACCGUCAAGGAAAUCCGUUAACCAUUUCCGGGUUCGGGUUCGGGUACAUGGAAUCGGCCGGGGAGUACAAAGUGGCGAGAGUGGUGCACAGGCCUUGGCUAGGAGACCACUCGCCCUGCAAGUUGGAGUGCUCUGUUUUCACCUACUCUGUUUCCGCCCAACCGCCGGCGGCGGCGGCGGCGGCGACCAACGACUGGAAACUGCUGGCUGACACCUGCCCUUACUUCGUGACCCAGGUCGGCUUGCCGGUUUUCGCCCGUGGGACCGAAUCCAUCUACUGGAAGAUUGUGCAGAACCAGCAUUGCCUCUGCCACAGCACAGCUCAGGCUAGGCCGGACGUUUUCUUGGCUUGCUUGGACGUCAAGAAAGAGAGGUUUGGAGUUGUACGCUGGCCUCAAGGCUUGAGGAGGCCGAGUCCGAGCGUCGGUGACUGGAGGGAGGCCGGGAGCGUUGGGAAGCUGAGCAUGAUUGAGACUCCGGAAGACCUCCCGCUCCGCCUGGUGGUGUGGCUGCUGACUGAUCAGGAGAACAGCCAUUGGGUCAGACAAGCCGUCGUCUCGCUGCCUCUUUUCGACGACGGAACCAUCCUGGGAGAGAUCAAAGAAUACAGGAGGAGUGAUCUGAUCAUCUACAGCUCGCCGGACAACGUGAUCAUCUUCAUCAACCCUGAGAACGGGACGUUUAGGAAGGUGCGCAUUCCUGCGAAUUUGCACAGCUUGGAUUUCUGUACCUAUACUGAGAAUCUCUUGACCUUGCAGCUCCCACCAAAUCAAGGUGGUAACUAG